AUGGCUGCUAAGAAGCUUCGUACUGCUGCAUCAUCAUCCAAGGUGGGUGUUUGGGAGAGUGGGUUGGGAAUCGGUGGGGGUUGGAAGGAUGAUCAACUGCUGCCAUUCAGCUGUGGCUGUGCUUUCAGUGCGCUCCUUCAGGUUGGCAUCAAGCCCAGUAGGCACCCAAGGGAUGGCUCGGGUCCGGUGCGCUCCCAGAGGGAUGGCUCUGGUCCGGUGCGCUCCCAGAGGGAUGGCUCUGGUCUAGUGCGCUCCCAAAGGGAUGGCUCUGGCCCGGUGCGCUUCUGGAGGGAUGGCUCUGGUCCGGUGCGCUCCCAAACGGAUGGCUCUGGUCCGGUACGCUCCCUAAGGGAUGGCUCUGGUCCGGUGCGCUCCCUAAGGGAUGGCUCGGGUGGCUCUGGCCCGGUGCGCUCCUGGAGGUAUGGGUCUGGUCCGGUGCGCUCCCACAGGGAUGGCUCUGGUCCGGUGCGCUCCCAAAAGGAUGGCUCUGCCCCGGUGCGCUUCUGGAGGGAUGGCUCUGGUCCGGUGUGCUCCCAAACGGAUGGCUCUGGUCCGGUGCGCUCCCUAAGGGAUGGCUCUGGUCCGGUGCGCUCCCUAAGGGAUGGCUCGGGUCCAGUGCGCUCCCAAAGGGAUGGCUCGGGUCCGGUGCGCUCCCCGAGGGAUGGCUCUGGCCCGGUGCGCUCCUGGAGGGAUGGGUCUGGUCCGGUGCGCUCCCACAGGGAUGGCUCUGGUCCAGUGCGCUCCCACAGGGAUGGCUCUGGUCCGGUGCGCUCCCACAGGGAUGGCUCUGGUCCGGUGCGCUCCCACAGGGAUGGCUCUGGCCCUGUGCAGAGUUGUCAUGAGCAUGCAACUCCCCCUCCUCCUUCUCAUUUCCCUCACCCCCUUCCUCACCUUUCUCCUCUGCCCACUCAACACCUGUGCAAAGACUCCUGGCUGGAUUCAACUCUUCCUCCCUUUCCUCCUCAUGCCCUUCCACUCAUCCAGCAGUAA